UCUGUCUCUUUAAAAGCCAAAAAAACAGAAACGCUUGGGGACGUGCGGCUCCACCCAGAAGAGACAAACUAAACUAAAUGCGUCAACUUCACAGUUGGGACUUUGCUCUUCCAUGUGUUGUGUGUUUACAGGACAUGAGUGAAGAUGAAUGAGGAUGCGUUCGAGGUCCCAGAGAGGACUGAGUACCGUUACCUGGUCCAGGAGGAGGACGAGGAGGAGGUGCAGUACGUCCGUCACAGACACUACAUCAGCCCCUUCCUGGUUCUGUCCAGACGCUGCAUCUUCUUCAUCUGCCUUGGCGUGCUCGCCCUGCUCGCUCUCGCCACCUACCUGGGCUACGUGGCCCAGACGCUGCCGCCGGGUGUUGCCCAGGUGUUGACAGACUGUGGAGAGUUCAGAGGAAGACACAAAAAUGGAGCCUACUCCUUUAAGGGCAUGCCCUACGCCGCUCCGCCUGUCGGUAACCUGCGCUGGGCUCCUCCUGCUGAACCGGCAUGCGGGAGCACGGUGACGGACGCCGGCCGUUUCCGCAGCAUCUGCCCUCAGGUUCGUCCGAUGAAGAGCACAGGGAAGGUGAUGGGCCAGGAGGACUGCCUCUAUAUCAACGUGUGGACGCCCACGCUGCAGCCCAACGCCAAGCUGCCCGUCAUGGUCUGGAUCCAUGGAGGGUACCUGCACAUGCUCAGCGGGGGGGAGCCGGGAUACUCCCCCACUGAGAAGCUCGCCGCAGACACGGGGAUGGUUUACGUCAGCUUCAACUACAGACUCAACGCCUUCGGCUUCCUGGCCCUGGAGAUCCUGAGAGAGGGUUCUCCCAGAAACACCUCAGGGAAUUACGGCUUCAUGGACCAGAUCGCAGCUCUGAAGUGGGUCCAGAGGAACAUCCACCUUUUUGGAGGAGAUCCUGGGAGAGUCACCAUCUUAGGACAGAGCUCAGGUGGGACCUCGGUCUGGACCCUGAUGAUGUCCCCGCUGGCGAAGGGUCUGUUCCAUGCAGCGGUGGACAUGAGCGGCUCGUACGUCUACAACGCAACGCUGGAACGAGCCGAGUCCGACAACCUGGUGUUCCUGAAGAAGACGGGCUGCAGAGACCUGAGCUGCCUCAGACGCCUCUCUGUCAGACAGAUCCUGCAGGCUGUCCCGUGGCAGGAGUACCCCUCCUGGGCGGCAGAUGAAAUGACAGACCUCCCCACCAGAGGGCGCUUCAUUGGGCCAGUGGCAGUGGUGGACGGAUACGUCCUGGAGGCUCUACCUUUCGAGAUGUGGGAGAAGAAGGGAGGACACUACAGCGACGUCCCGUUUGUGGUGGGGACGACAGAGCAGGAGGCCGACUUCAGUCCUCCAGCCGGAAACAUCUCCACCUGGACCUGGGGUGACUACCGCUGGUUCGUAACAGAGAAACUCAAGUCCUUCAGCGAGAGCCUCCCCAAAGACGCUCUGGACCUUUACCCGAGCUCGGUCCCCUGUCCCACCUCAGACCGCUGUCCAGAGAGAGCCUACACCACCAUGGUGUCUGACAUCAGGGUCACCUGUCCCAACAACGACCUGGCCUGGAGAGCUGCAGCUGCCCUGAACAGCCCUGUGUAUCGCUACGUGGUGACACACACGCCGUCCGGACCGGUCAACGUGUCCGGAGACCUGCUGCCAUUCCCCAGCCGCUUCUCCUUCCACUGCCUGGACGCUGUGGCCUUCUUCGGAGGACUGGAGUCCGCCCUGGGGAAACCUCUCUCUGAUAAGGACAGGCGCUUCCAGGAUCUCAUCACACAUCACCUCGUGAGCUUCGCCAGGACAGGUAAGAUGGGGAAGGAGUGGCCUGAGUACCCAUCAGCCACUGCUCUCCUGUCCCACAACCUGAGUCGGUUUCAGGACUACUCUGCCGCUCGCUGUGACCUGUGGCAGGAGAACGGCCUGUUCUCCUACGCCUGGACCAACUGACCACAGAUCAGCAUCUGACCGACCUGCUCAUCACCGUCAGACUGAAGUGGACUCACGUGGACUUGUCUCAUCAGCUCUAAUCCUGCAGCAGCUAAACAUUUAUCUUGUUUGGAGUAAAACAUAAAAGUGUUUAAAUAAUUCAAAUGAUAACAAACUUAUUUUCCUGCUUCAGUGAUAAAUAUCCCCGCAGAUAGUUUGGAUUUUAUUUGUACAGGUCAGACAUCUCUGCCUCCACCUCACAACAACUGAGAUGAAUUUAUUUCAUGUUUGCAGCAUAAAAAAAAGAAGCUGACCGAAGACGUCAGUGUCUCCAGCUUUCACUGGAAAUACUUUCUAUAAACUGAAACUAUCUGCUCAGAUAGAUGCUUCAGAGGUGAGUGAGCAGGUGUUUUUUAGUUUUGUAAUUUGUGUGAAUUUACCCUUUAACAGACAGAUGAAGUAAGUCUACAUCAAACUGAGAGCCUGUUAAAGGUUUGAAGGAAACAAGUGGCUGACAGUUUAAUGUCGGUGUGAAGUGUUAGUGAGCCUGCGUCAACCUCUGGGAGAUUAUCGUCCAGAAUAUUUAAAACAAUAAGAAAGAAACAGAGUGGAUGUGAUCAUCAGACAGAGGGAGGAGGAGGAGGUGGAGGAGGAAGAAGCAGCAGGAAAUGACCAUCAUGUCUCCAAAUUGAAGCUCUGACAGGUGCACACUGAGUUAAACAGUGUCUCAUCAUGUUCAGUGUUUCCUCACAGUCCUCUGCUGCAGAGGUUCACUGACUUGAUUGGUUUAAACUGUCGUAUCUGAGCUUGUUUAAUCUGAACCUCUGUGAGCAGGUGGACUACGCUCGGCAGCUUCAUUAUAAACCCAGAGAGCAACCAGCACUUUACUGUGUGGCUGUUUCCAGACUGAAUCAAACACAGCUUGAUUCAGGACCAUGUGGACUCAGUGAACUAAAGUCCUGAAGGUCCUAACAUCAGUAGAUAAUGAUGCAGAUCCAGACUUACAUAUAUCAAAAGGGACAUGUUGACAUUGAUUUUUCUGUCCGCUGAUGAAGGCCAGCGGUGCAGCCUCAUCCUGUGGAAUUGUGGGUAACUACAGCCUCAGCUUCUUAAAGGGAAUCUAACUCCUGAGCAGGUGAAGAUGUUGAUUUGUGAAUUCAGGGAGAUGAUAAAAGUGAGGUGGGGAUGUGAUGUGUUAGUUACAUGUUGUAGUGAUGUGUGUGUGUUUGCGUUGAACCUGUGAAUCAUAGUGAGUUUGUUCUGUGAACCUGUGAAGUCCUGCUGCUGUUUGCACUGAAUCAUAACCUCCACGCUUCGCCAGCACGUCCCCGUGAACACACAGAUCUCUGAGCAGUCACAGGUUUAUUAUCUUUGUAUGAAUCACGUCACAGAGUUUUCAUUCACAGAUUCUGACUUUUUACACCUGGUUGUUUUUUUUGUUUUUUUUUAUUUUUUUUUUUUAUCAUGUGUGAACUUUGUUUUUUAACAGUAAUUCAGCUUCAUGUGUUGAUGCAGUGAAACUUUAUCACUCUCUGUUUAUUCUCAAUAAACUGAAACCACUUCA